AUGCACUAUCCACAUGCAUUAAAUGAAACCUUAUUGCAGUGUAAGGUUUUGGCAGCGCCUUUCCAGCCUGUGGGCUUUGCAGAAUGCUGGCUAGCUGACCAAUUCAACAGCCUUAGCCCUCUGUUUAUUGGCCUGAGGGAUCUGCUGUGCUUCUACGCCCGUCAGAUCAACUGGACAGAUAUGUGGUCUGCCAACUCUCCAUAUGCAGUGAGUUUGGAUUGUGGAUGGUACAGUAUUGCUGUCCACUGUCUGAUCCAGUGUUUUCCACCAUGGCUCAGGUUUGCUCAAUGCCUCAGGUGCUUUUGGGACACUGGGCACAUGCUACAUCUCCUAAAUGCAGGAAAAUACUUCACAGUUUUCCUUAUGGUCACUUUUGCAGGCCUAUACAACAUGGCAAGAGAGCGAUCUUCCCGGGUCAUGGAGGUGAAGGUCUACCUGUACAUGUGGGCUGUGGUUACCUGUAUGGGUGUUGUAGUCACUGUGAGCUGGGAUUUAAAGAUGGAUUGGGGGUUACUCCAUGGAAACGGUCUGCUGAAAGAAGAGCUUCUUUACUCCCAUCAGUUGUACUACUAUGCAGCCAUGCUGGCAGACGUGCUGUUGCGGGUCUCCUGGGCUAUAAACAUCCUCCUCGCUCAGAUGAAGGAUUCAACUGCAGCUGCCACAGCGUGCACCAUACUGGCACCACUGGAGGUCCUCAGACGUUGCAUUUGGAAUCUCUUUCGGCUGGAAAACGAGCAGUUGAAAAACUGCGAGAACUGUUGCGCUGUGCGGGACUUUUGGAGCAACUUAAAACAUCUGGAGAAAGAUCAGGACGAAGAAAAUCACAAAAUCACCUCUCGUGCCAAAACAUGCUGUUUACAUUCAAGAAAGCAGAGAACCAGGAAAAUGGAAGGAAAAACUUUUGGUGGAAUAAACGCAGAGCAGCAUCCGUGUAUAUGAGGAAGAACAUUUGUGUGGCCUCAAAGCAAGUCUGUGGUGUGUCUGAGAUGUUGUUUCGUGGAACACAGAUAAGCAAAUGAGUUAGAUAAGAAAACAAUUAUCAGCCAGUCUCUGUUUGUCUGUAACUAUCUGUGUCAUUCCUGCUAUGCAGUACUACCUUUUAUCUCUGUAACUCGAUUUAAUAAAUUG